GAGAGAGAGAGAGGGAGAGAGGGAGGGGAAGGAAAAGAGUGAGAGAGGCAGAGAGAAGAAAAGACACAAAACUUGUGACUCGACAAAAGAGGGCAGGUACCAGAGGCAGGACCAUGAAGGCCGGCGCGGGACUCGUCUCUGCAUUGGCUCUGUUCCUCCUGAUGGGGGCAGUGUCCACCCAGAGACCUCGGCCAAAGAAGCCCACCAGGCGCCCAGCCACCACCAGGAAGCCUUCUGUCCCCAAGCCUGCUGCACCAGCACAGCCAGAGCCCCAGGAGCCUACAGACUUCCCCCCACCCAUCCUGGGCCCACCGUCCAUGUAUCCUGACUGCCCCCGAGAGUGUUUCUGCUCCCCGAGCUACCCGAACUCUCUCAACUGUGAGAACCGGAACAUCCGUGUGAUCCCUGUCAUCCCAUUUAGAACCCACUACUUGUACCUGCAGAACAACUACAUCUCAGAGGUUACGGAAGGGGCGUUCGUCAAUGCCACUGAGGUCCGCUGGGUCAACUUGGCCAAUAAUCGCAUUCAUCGAAUAAACAAACAGGUGUUUGAGAAGAUCCCAGCACUGCUGUACCUCUACGCACAGGGCAAUCAGCUGAAAGAGGUCCCUUCAGGCCUCCCAGCUACCCUAGAACAGCUCCGCCUCAGUAGGAAUCGCAUUUCUAGGAUCCCUGCCGGUGCCUUCAACAAGAUGGGGAACCUGACUCUGCUUGACCUGUAUAACAACCAGCUGAGUGACAGUGAUCUGGGAAGGAACACAUUUAAGGACCUGACGAGCCUCAUGCAGCUCAAUCUGGCUCGCAACAUCCUGAAAAAGAUGCCUGCUGGCAUACCAAGUGGAAUCAUACAGCUUUUCCUGGACAGAAACAGUAUAGAUGACAUUCCAAAAGACUACUUCAAAGACUUCAGCCACCUGGCGUUUGUGAGGCUGAACCACAACCAGCUGAGUGAUAAAGGACUCCCCAAAGCUGUGUUCAACAUAUCCAGCCUGCUGGACCUGCAGCUGUCCCACAACCAGCUCGCUUCUGUUCCUCUGUUCAACGGUCACCUGGAGCACCUGCACCUCAACCACAACAGCAUCGAGAGCAUCAAUGGCACCGUGAUCUGCCCGUUCAGCCUGCAGGCCGACCUGACCGACUACAGCGUGGUGCCCAGACUAAGGUACCUGCGUUUGGAUGGAAAUCACCUGAGCCCUCCCAUCCCUCUGGAUGUCAUCAUGUGCUUCAGACACCUCCGCUCUAUUGUCUUUUAGGAGAAUCGUGCCUAAAGGCCCUGGAGGCAUGUACACACACACACACACGCACACCCACACACGCACACGCACACACACAGUACAAAUUGAAUUUAAGUUAAACAUGCUCAGUGAAGCAAAAGGUAUAUCCAGCCGCACAUACAGUGGAACUCCAAAUGUAUGGGGAAAAAAACUGUAAAGCUUUGGUGCUUUUCAAGUUUAAGUUUCACCGUUGCCAGAUUCAAGAGAAUCAGAACAUCGAAUCGAGUGGAAAUACCGACAUUUAGGGUUAGGUUCUUUUGUAGGAGUUACAGUUUAUCAGCUGUUUUUUUGUUUUGUUUGUUUGUUUAUUAAAUUACAAUGCAAAAAAAAUGAGUAAAGCCUGAAAAUACAGGUACAUUGACAGGCAUGCUACAGAUGUGGAGGGUAGUUAUGUUCCCUAGCAGAUGUGUAGAGCUGCCACCAAGGACAACAAACAGACCUGCAGUGGAUGUUAGAUGAACCAUUUUAAAACAUAACUACCAUGUAGUUGCAACUGUCCCACAUGUGCCUGUGAUUUUCAAGGUACUCCAUGUAAAAAUGUCAUUUUAUUCUUUUUAUUCUUAGUCUUCUGUAUAUUAUUCUUCUGUAUAAAGAAGCUUUGUAAAAAUAAUGGAAAAUAAAACAUUUCCUUUGAUC